AUGACCUGGUACGCUACUGCAACCUUCCUGACAGUGGCUCUGACAUCCUAUGCGCGUUUUACGCUUGCGUCCGCAAUCCCCCUGGCGCCGAAUAUCGAUUGGUUUCCCUGCCCGCAGAAUGCCAGUAUCGCUACAACUUGCGGAACACUGCUAGUGCCGCUCGAUUACACCGCGCCGACGUGUGACAAGGCGUUGACACUGCAGCUUGUCAAGAUCAAGGCUACCUCUCAGCCAAGCAAGGGUAGCAUUAUCUUCGACUUUGGUGGGCCGGGUAAUAUCAACGUGGAUACCUUUUCCGGAGGUGAUGCCGAAGCUCUAUUGUUGAUGACGGGCGGAGUCUACGACCUCAUCACCUUCGACUCAAGAGGCACUGGCAUAACCCUUCCCUACUCCUGCUACGAGACCCCUGCUGCCCGUGCAGCCGGCGCCAGUUCGAUAGCUCUCGGCCUGAAUGGAUCUCACGCGGCGAUCGAAGAAGUCUGGACAGAUGCUGAGGAGCUAUCAGUGGCCUGUCAGGAGAAUGUUGGACAGAUUGGGCAGCUGGUAGGGACAUCUUUCGUGGCGAGAGAUAUAAUGCAGAUUGUGGAUGCGCUAGGGGGGGAUAAGCUGCUUAAAUAUUAUGGGUUUUCGUACGGAACGGCGCUAGGUGCGACUGUGGCCGCAAUGUUUCCCGAUCGGAUCGACAAACUCGUACUUGACGGUGUCGACAACCCUACCAACUAUUGUGCUGGCUCGUUCAAGUCCUUUCUACACGACACCGAUGCUACAUUUUCUGCCUUCUUCACUGGUUGUAUCGAGUCCCCUCAGCUGUGCGCCUUGGCCCGGAUGGACGAUUCCGAAGAUGUGGCGAUCUCGCUGCUGGAGUGCGCGCGGUGGAAGCUCCGCAGCAAGGAGCGGUAUACCGCGACCUUCAAUGAUAUCUGGACCAAGUUUCCGGCACUCAUUGUGGGUAAUUCUAUCGAUCCCACCACCCCAUUGAUAUCUGCUCGAAAUUUGAGCGAAGGCUUCAAGGGAAGUGUGCUGUUGCAGAACAAUGGUUACGGGCACACGACAAUAGCUUCUCCCUCGCUUUGCACGUCUAAGCAUAUUCGCACGUACCUUGUUGACGAGACUCUGCCGCUUGCAGGCACGAUAUGCGAGUCCAUCACUAGUACUGCACCGUUCGCUUUCGAUGGAUCGUACUACGAGGUCAUCAAGCCGUUGGGAAAUAUUACGAAGAGAUCUGUUGGUGGGAAAGGAGAGGAUUAUGACGAUGAGGCAUUAUUCCGGGCUGUGAGAGAAUUUGGGAAGGCUUUCGCGCAAAGGAAGUUGGGUAGGCGUGAGGGGUGA